CCACACGUUCAGUCAGUCCGGCUUCGCGCGCGUAACAGCCGAGAUUCAUCGCGUCCGACGCUCCAAUAGAAAAAAAAAAACAAUAAAAAAAAUUAAUAAACCAUUUAUUUAUCUGUAUCAUUUUGGCGGUAACGUAGCCAUUAGUGAUGUUCGCGUUAAAAUAAAAACAGUGUUAGAAUAAUGCUUUACAACGAUGAUUCUAAGAUCAAAUAGUGAUAAGGGUGUUUUAUUUAUUCAAUACGUAGUAAUUUGUGUGUAAGAGAUGCAAUAUCAAAGUAAUGACGACGACUUACAAUAUCGGAUUUUUGGCGAAUCCUUCAACUUUCCCAUCGAGAAUAAAACUAUCGGGGGCCGGCGUAGAAAACGUAGCGGCUAUGAUUCAGAGACGAGCGAAUAUUCAGAGGAUUCGGCGGCGGCCUACGAAGAUGUCCAGGCUGCAACCAAAAGCUCUGGGCCGCGGAAGAAUAUUAAUAGGGGAAGGUGGACUAAGGAGGAGGACAAAAAGCUAAAAGCAUGCGUGAAUAUAUACAAUGAAAACUGGGACCUGAUAUCGGCGCAGUUCGCUGAUAGGUCGGACGUCCAGUGCCAACAGCGGUGGACCAAAGUCGUCAACCCUGAACUAGUCAAAGGCCCUUGGACGAAAGAGGAGGAUGAGAAGGUGAUGGAGCUUGUCGCCAAAUACGGGCCGAAGAAGUGGACGCUCAUCGCGCGCCAUUUAAAAGGAAGGAUAGGGAAACAAUGCAGAGAGCGAUGGCACAACCACCUCAACCCGUCCAUAAAGAAGACAGCGUGGACGGAGCACGAGGACCGAGUCAUAUACCAAGCACACAAACAGUUGGGGAACCAGUGGGCUAAGAUUGCCAAACUAUUACCCGGCAGGACCGACAACGCAAUAAAGAACCAUUGGAACUCCACAAUGCGAAGGAAGUACGAGCCGGAUCUCCUGGACAGUUUCGAGACGCUGCGCCGCAAACAGUCGCGGGUAAAGCCGCGGGAACUAACUGACUCUAGUGUUAUGCAAGAGAAGGUGCAAGUCGCGUAUAACGAUCAAUCCUGGUCGGAUCCCUUCAACGAAUCAGCCCAAAGCAACUCGUCGAAUACCAGCCAACCUCCUUCCAAACAUGUCCUGCAUUUCCGUCAGCUGUUAAAAGACCAACUAAACAGUUUGACCAACCAACACCAAGUCAUACCUAAGUCGCCCGAUAGAGGCGGGCUAGUCGCCGCAGAUGAAAUGGAAAUCGUUGAUACACCUUUUAAAUUCGUAAACAUAGAAACACUACCAACAGACUCACCGCUCAGAAACUAUCUGUCAUCAGCCUCAGCGGGCACUGAGAACAACCAAGAUACUGUAACGUACGCCGUACAAGCAGAAGCGAGCAAGGAAAUAGAAGUUCCCUCAGCUAUGUAUACGUCGCCGCGGAAGAAGGGGGGCGAGACCAGCAGCCCACCCCCCAUACUCAGGCGAAAGACUAAGAAGUUACCCGUAGCUACUACCAACACCAACAACACUAAUGCAUGGACAGACACGUUAUCGAAAGCGCUGGAGUACCGCGAAUCAGGCGUGACCCCGAUAAAGGCGCUGCCGUUCAGUCCGUCCCAGUUCCUCAACUCCCCCGCCGGCAUAUCGUUCUCUACUAUAGACGCUAACUCUACGCCGCUGCGACAUGCUGCCAAGGAAUGGAGUGCGAGUCCUCUGCUGCAGACGCCUACGCCAGUCAACCAUGUAACGCCUGGCGGACCCAACCCUGUCAAGAGUAAUACACCAAAAACUCCAACACCCUUCAAAAUUGCUAUGGCGGAACUUGGCAAGAAGUCGGGUCUGAAGUAUGAGCCAUCAAGUCCCGGGUUACUAGUCGAAGAUAUCACUAUGAUGAUGAAGCGAGAGAACUCCGAUAGCACCGUGCAGCUGAACGACUCAUUACUGUCCACGGUCGCCGAUCAGGAGAAUGGGAAUGUGCAGAUAAACGACUCCGGCAUAGGCAGCCUGAAGCGCGGCAGUGAGGCGGGCAAGGAGAACGUGCCGGGCCACAAGAAGGCGCGCAAGGCGCUGGCCCCCGCCUGGGCCGCGCUCACCAGUACCCCGCACGCCCGGGAACAUACACCCACGCUCGUGCCCGACGUCUCUUAUAUUGAGACUCCUAGCAAAACCUUAGCCGGAGACAGCUCAGUAAUGUUCUCACCGCCAUCUAUCGUGAAGCAUUCCCUUCUAGAAGAGUCCACAAGCCUACACUCCCUUAUAAGCGCAGAAAACACACCAGACACAAGCAAAUACGAAGACAUUGAUAUUGAAGCCGUCAUCACUGAGAAAACUAAGAUUACAAGGGGUAACGAGCCAAUAGUGGUGAAGAAGUCCGCCGUCCGCUCCAUCAAAUUCGACCGACUCGAGGAGCCAGUGGAAGUCAAGGAUGAGAAGAACCAGUCUCCUUUCAUUAUGGGCUCAUAUAAAUGGCAAACAUUUGCUUGCGGUAUGACACAGGACCAACUGGACCUCACGCAACUAGCACACCAAUACUUAAGGAAAACUGCUUUAAAACCUCGUUCCCUCAACUUUUUAUGAGCAAAGCACUAAUUUGUCAUAGUUUAUGGACUUUUGUGGACUUGGCCUUGAAAAUUAAUGGACUUAUUCUGGAACUGGGACUGCAUUUUUGUGGCUUUGGCCUGAAACAAUGAACUGGUACAGUGUUUUUGUGGGCGCGGCCUUGAAAUUAUGGACUGGGACAGUUUUAAGGCUUUGGUUUGGAAAAUUUAUGGACUUAAGGACUAAGGCAGUUUAGACUGGAUUUGUGAAAUUUUAAAUUGAUGUAGUGUUGUGUGAUUUUGUGUUUCAAUCUUCUGCUUUUUUUAUCAUUAUUAUGGUCUGAAUUUUGAGGCCAAAUUUGUAAAAAUAUGGCCUCAUUUUUAAUUUUGUUUAUUAUGAAGCAUUUUUUUUAAAUGCGUCUUAUAGAAACUAUCGUGAGACAUACUAAGUUAACUAAAAAUCACGGUUUACUCACGUAAAUUAAUGGAGAAAAGCUCUACUAGUUUCGAGUCACAGAGGGACUCUUCAUCAUGAGCAGCGAGCGUAGACGCACGACGUCGCAUAGUCCUUGUAGGCAGCUCUAGAGAAGAGUCUCUCUCUGUGACUUGAAACUGCUUUUGUCCUUUAAAGUACGUGAGUAAACCGUGAUUUUUAGUUAUUUGAUUCUUAUAGAAUUGAUAGACCAUAAUUAUGAUAUGGAUGGAUGAUCAUGUAGAUGAAUUACGCUUAUUAUUUUAGAUGUAUCUUUAUUAAAUAAGUAUAUAUAGGGUAACUGGUAAUUAGUGAACGAUAUUUAAACACGUGAUUGUACUCAUGAUUAUAAACAACUUUCCUUAAGAAACUUUUUUGUAUACUCAUUAGUUUUAUUUUUAUCACUAUAACGACACAACAAAAUUUCACGCGAGCGUGCUUUCUCAUGAUCAGCUGUUAGCAGCUAGACCCUCGCGCCCGCGUUAAAUGAAGACUAGUAGGUAUUUUAAAACUUUACGCGCGCGUGCCUAUGAAAUUUUGUUGUUUUGUUAUUGAACUAAUGAGUAUACAAAAAAGUUUCUUUGGGAAAGUUGUUUGUAAUCAUGAGUACAAUCACGUGUUUAAAUAUCGUUCACUAAUUAUCAGUCACCCUAUAUAUCAUAAUUAUGUAUUGUAUAUACAAUAGGAACAGUGUGAUUUUAGUAUAAGAGAACUAAUUCGUAAGUAAAUAUAAUAAGUAGAUAGAAGAAAAAAAUUAAGAAAAAAAUAUAUUAUUAUAAUAGGUAAUGUCUUUUUUGGAAUGUUUGUAUUUUAGAAUAUGUUUUUUUUUUAGAAUAAUAUUAAAUAUUAUGUCAGUUCUGUAUUUAGUUUGUUAUUAAUUUUAUGUGUGAAGGAUUCUAUUCUAAUUAUGAUUUAAAUACAUCUUUAAUAUUGCAGCAAUAAGGUUCAAUUUGUAAUAAUUAAUUUUGGUGUCAGUAUGUAAAGAAUUUGUAACCGUUACGUUCAUUCAAUUCUAUACCUUGUAAUAUAGCACAAAAGGCUGAUUUUAGCUUAUUCAAAAUGCCACACAACUCCGCAUCAAAUAAUAAGCAAUAUUUUUAUAAAUUGUUACCCGAAAUUACAUUUUUAAUUCAAUGCAAUAAAGUCUAUUUUCGCAUAAAAUAAUUAUUGUUGGAUUAUGCAUCAAAUAAAUACAUAUUUAGUAGCUUAAUAUCUCUUUUUAAGUCUUUAUUUUAGUUUGAAAGAGUACAAAUGUAGCGAUAAGGUUUUAAUUCAAUGUAGAAUUCAGAAAUAUUGUUUUUAAGUAAUUUUGUAAUAGUGAAAAUUGUAGUAAAACCAACAAGCAAGGGUAAUUUUCGAUAGUACGGUGCCUAAUAUAUGGCAAUAGACUCACCCCCUAUUACAUAGGACUCAUAAUAUAACUAUUAAAAAGUGAAUGUUACAUUGAAAAUCUACACAUACAUACAAAUCUGCACCUCUGCUUACUCCUUUGGGAAGUAAAACCCUCCUCCUUUUCAGAGAAGUUAUGUUAUAAUUUUAUUAUAGUUUCAAAUUAUUUUAAAUUUUAACUGUUAAAUGAAGAAUUGUGUGUUUAAAUGUAUACUAGGAAAUUAAAAUGCGAAACAAUUGGGUAGUUUCCUCAGUCAAAAUAAAUUAUUUCGAUUUUUCAAUACAUUUUCAAUACAAUUUCAUAGAUUUGAUGAUCUAUUUAAUUUUCGAAUUUUAUAGCUAAUUUUCGAAAAAGUAAGUCUGCUAUUUGACGUAAAAAUCUGAUGACGUCAUAACGUAUAGUACGUUAUCAUACAAAAUUCAUAGAAAAUAUCGUUUUUGACGUUUCGAAAAAAGUAUUGAAUUUGACUAGUAGGAAACUAGCCUAUUAUAGUUCUGCAUUAAAAUUAAAAUAAUGUUUUAAUUUAAAAUUUAAGUUUUUUGUAUAUUUUUUUUAAAUAUAAAUGUAUGUAAGUGGCAAUAUUUAUGCGAAUUAUGUUUUUUAAAGAAUACUUUUAUUGCACGUUUUUCUUGUGAGGUCUAUUCAAUAUUAAUUUAUAAAUGUUCUCUUACGAAAUUUCGCCUAUUGACUGCUGAACAAAACUCCUAAAACAAAUUAUUCAUAAAAAAAUAUAAAGAAAUAAAAUUAAGCGUAUUUUCUUCAAAUUAAAUCACAUCACUGCAACGAAAAUUUUCCUGAUUUCCACCUUUUUCUAUGAAACCUUUAAAGGUCUAGAUUUUGGGGGGGAAAAGACUAGGAAGGGUGGGAUUCUUACUUCGUCAAAACCAACCCCGGUGGCAUUUUUUUUUAUAUAGGGAAAUCAUCCAAUCACUUCUCCCACUUUAGGUGGACAGAGGAAGUGUCAGACUUUUACUGACUAAAAGCACCCCGUUCCUUCUUCUGCUUUGAGCCGAAGCCCCGGUAACCUGUAACGUUGUCCAUAGCAACAGCCUUACUGGACCCCAUCUGUGGCGGUCUUUUUUUUUAGACGCGCACGAUACGUCAUCUCAGAUCGUAAAUUCAAGUAAAAUAAUUUCUAAACACAAUCUCGAUUUUAACCUUUCGGUUCGGUCAGUUUUCUUGUGUACUUAUACAUAGUACCAACAUUGCAAUCAGCAGUCAACAUUUUAAUUUUAAAGAUUUCUAAUCUAACCAGAAAAUUUAAUACAAAUUUUAAAACAACUCCAAUGUUACGGAUUUUAGGAGAACUAAAUAAAAGGAAAAUAAAAUUCUAAAUACGUUCGUGUGUCGGUAAAAUAUUCUAUUUUCUUGAAUUAUAAAUUGUAAAAAAUAAAAUUAAGUAUUUAAUCAAAACGUUUCGCCCUCUGAUUGGUUGGUUCAUUGGAGUAGACCAAUCAGAGCAUCGAACGAGGUAUCGUUUGGUUCCCUAAACAUAAAACCAAGUCGUACUAAGCCCCUUGUAUAGUCACAAUCCUCCAGUAACAAGAACACAGAAUAAAAAUGCUUCUAUAAGAUGGAAAAAACACACAUUCAUAUUAACAAUAUCAUAAUAUAUUACCUGACGAACUAAGUAUAUAGAAUUUUACUUUCCGUACUUUAUCAUAACACUAUUGGAUUUAAAACGAUGGCAGCGCCACCCCAGUUAAAUUUCUGGUUAGAAAAAUAUAUUUUAAGUAAGUGUAAAUUGUAAUAAAACUAAUGUAUUUAUAAGAUUUAAGUUAAAAAAGUCGUAGUUAUAAGCAGCGGCCAUGUUUUAUUUUAUAGAAAAGACCACGGAUGUGUUUUUAUUAUGUGACCACGAGAACAAUAUUAUUUUAGUGUACAUAGUAGCUAGUGUAUCUAGGUUUAUGGUUGUUUAAGGAAAAAUAAAUGGUUUUAUAAAAAAUA